CACACCAGCUUGAAGCGGUGUGUUCGGUUCUGUUCGUCCUCCGUUCUGAUUGACGUUGUUAUUAAUACAGAACGGACCUGCGUUUUGACACGUGACACGUUUAACCUCGGUGCUGGAACCAUAACGUCCAGAUGAGUGGGCCAUAUGCCAACCCCGCUGCAGAGGUGGCUGAGAUGAACCGCAUCCAUUUUGAGUUGGAGUACACGGAGGGAAUCAGCCAGCGCAUGCGGAUCCCUGAGACCCUCAAGGUUGCCUCAGAGAACCAGACAGGGUCCAUGUCGCUUCAGCAGCCCUUCCCAAUACACACCACUAUGAUGCAGGUGCCAGAGAGAAUCAUCAUAGCAGGUGAUGAUGGGGACUUAGAAUGUUCUCGUCCACGAGACUUGGACCUAAUUCAAUCUGUCCCUGCCAUGGACCUGCUGAGCAUGAAGGCCCCUCCACGUAUCCUCACUCUCUCAGAGCAGCCACUGGACUCCCUUGAAAUGGAACAAACUGCCACUUCACAAAGCAAUCCCAUCCAUGCUGUCCACUUUAAUGCUCGGUCACGACGGGAACGCAGUGCCAGUGAGAACAUGACUGUCCGCCAUAGCGGUCAUAUUGUCAGAUGUGAUGUAAGUGUAACCCCUUCCCCUUCUGCCCCCCCAGUCCGGUUGUGUCCCCCCCUCUGUUCCCCUGACGAUGCUAACAUCAACCUGUUUACGGCUGUGGGGUUCCUGACUUAUAUCCAGUCAACAACACGCCGGGCUUACCAGCAGGUCCUCGAAGUGCUGGAUGACACACACCGCAGGACACACCUGGACUUGGCUCUGGAUAUAAACCCUGAUGAGUUUGGCUUAGUGGACGCUUCCUCGCUACGACGACAGAUUGUGAAGUUGAACCGGCGUCUGCAGCUGCUUGAGGAAGAAAACAAAGAACGCGCCAAGCGAGAAGUGAUCUUGUAUUCUGCUACAGUGGCAUUCUGGCUAAUUAAAACCUGGAUCUGGCUCCGUCGCUAAGGUUUUACAAGACUGAAUCUCCCAAAACACUGGAAGCCUAAGAAAUUCCUUGUUAAUGGUGCGACCACUAAAAUACAGUAUGAGACGACUACAUCUAAAGGCCGCCACGGGAAACUACCAGAACAUUGGCGAAUGUCCCCCACCACAGUCUUGUGUUUCUAUUGCAAAUGCUAUAUUGGAAUUUCACUUCGAAAAUUUAAAACAUAGCGCUGUCGAGAUAAGAUUUGAGGCAGUAAAACGUAACUCAAGUUUUCAAAACUGAUGAUACACCUAUGUUUGGACCUUUUUCCAAAUGUCCCAUUGGCUAGGAUUCACACCAUCACAUCUAACCAGAAGUUGGCUUUGAUCGGGGACAACACUAGCAUAUUAGUUAGCAUAUCUCUCAUUCAUAGAUUCAACUCUGUAUUUAUUUAUUGUAUAAAAAAGACAAGGCACAAUGACACUAUAGCUGGAUGUUAACAAAGUUUCAGCAACUACAUUAAUGUGAGCUACCGACUAGUUGCCAUAUUUGGCUAGAACUGUCUUUAACAUAGAACUCAUAUCAACUCUGAAUCACUGUCAAAGUUUCAGUCUGAAGUUUUUUCCGCCUAUCAAAUCCGGCACUGAUGUUCACUUAUAUUUAGGAAAACUAAAUGUGGUACAGAUAAUUUAAAAAAUGAUAUGUGGGCCAGUUCAAAGUAGCAAAUGUGUGUCUCUUAAUCUGCAAGAAUUGCAUAAACCUCACUGAUGAUUAUGGUUGUGUGUGCAAAAACUACUGAUUGCAACUAUUUAAUGCUUUAUAAAUGCACAGCAACAACCGAUGUUACAGUGACGCCUUCCAUCAAUCAUCUUUGUGGGAGUAAACACAAUUUGUAAAUGGGACUUUUUAGCUUUGGGAAAAGAAUCGUUGGAGGGGAGACAUGGAUCUACUUAUGCGACAAAUGUCUGAGGAGCCCAGAGCUUCUGACCUGACCUGUCUUGUCUGUUUGAGUUUCAUCAGGCUUUGUCAAAGUGUAAGAAGUAAGAAGAUUACAUCUAUAGAUGCCAUCAUAUUUACCCUGAAUGUCCUUUGAGUUCUUCAUCACAAAGUACUUAAAUACACUGUUGAAAAUAUUGUCUGUUGUUUACCUCUUUGUGACUCAUGGAUUUUGUUAUGAGUUUGACGAAAUGUCAACAAAAAUAUGAAGGCAACUAGAGGUAUUAUCUGUGCCAUGAUUAUGUUUCCCAUGCUGUUUCCAAAGUUUGUAUUAUUUUUUUCUAGAGAAUUUGAAUUUGUUUUUCACAAACCUGACAUUAACCGACCAGACUAAAAGCAUGGACUUUGUGCUUAUAUUCAUCAUACAGUGUGAUAUAGAUCUUAUAGCUAUUGUCUGUGUGAUCAUGUGUAAUAGAUGCCUACGUAUAUGUUCAUAACAUAUAGUUGUCAUUAUUUUUCAAUAAUGAAAUUAGUAUGCUUUUCAUGGACUUGUAUUUAUCACGUGUAAUGCUGAGAGGUCAACAAAAAGUUCCAGUAACCAUUUAUUUGUUGCGGUACCUAUUACUUAAAGCUGGAGUUUAAAGUGAAGUAUUUUGCUUUCCUUGUAAUAUCAAAAUACAUUCAUUGUUUGUUAAUAAAUGAUCAUUUCCGCCAGA